GGAGAUCACUCGUCAGUAGUGUAGCAGCCAGCGGGACGAGAGGAUGUGCGUAGCUCUAUAGGUCCCAUUGACACCCACAGCAUCGCACUCACCACGCACCCUCGCUCGUGCUGUGGGGCUGAACACCGAAGCGGGUCUCACAUGGAUUAAAAAAUGAAGAAAAAAUGAACAUAACCAAAUAGGCAAAGCAUAUAACCCGAACUUCGUAACUUUGAAAGCGAAUUAACGAUAGAAACAGGUGACUUAGAGUUAAUAUUGACAGUGAUGGGCGUGUUAUGAUCUGCUUUCUCUAUUUCCUCUGCUCCCUUGCCUCCUUCAUGUCUCCGCGGGGCUCAAGAGGAAGCGUACUAAUGGUCGGGAAGUAAUAUCGCCUCUCAUUCAGGUUAAUUGGUGGCAUGUAACCCUGAACUCCCCACGACGCUCCAACCUGCACCAUGACUCUUCUUCCCUCGUGGCGACUCCGGCUGCCUCUCUGCUCCCUCUUCAUCUUGUUCGGCAGCGUGGCGGCCGUCCUGGAGCUCCUGACGGUGAAGGUGCCGGCGUACGCGAUCCGAGGGGGCAGCGCCAAACUCUACUGCAGCUACAAGUUGGAUGAUGACGCCUCGCUAUACAGCCUCAAGUGGUACAAGGAUGACCAUCAGUUCUACCAGUACAUCCCCGGAAACAUUAUAUCCAAGAACACGUUUUUCCUCCCCGGCGUGGAUGUUAACAUGGGGAGGAGCAGCCGAGGGUCAGUGGUAUUGGAGAACCUUGGCUUUCACUCCUCCGGUACGUACAGGUGUGAGGUGAUUGCCGAGGCGCCCGUGUUCCUUACCAAACUGGGUGAGGGCAACCUGACUGUCAUUGACCCUCCAGACAGCGCUCCGGUGCUGGAGGGGGCUCAGGCUGCCUAUCACGUGGGGGAGCAAGUGUCCCUCAACUGCACCUCGUUGUCCUCGCGCCCCGCAGCCACCCUGGCGUGGUACGUCAACGACCAGCUGGUGACGGAGUCACAUCGCCUGCGGAAGUACGGGGCGCUGCAGGAGGGGGGCGGGCUGCAGACCGCCGUGCUGGGCCUGUCAUUCACCACCUCGCCCCAGCAUUUCCAGCGGGGUGUCAUGAGGCUCAAGUGCGUCGCCAGGAUCGCUACCGUGUAUUUCCAGUCCCAGGAGACCUCCGUGGCAGAGGCAGAGGCCCGUCCCCCGCACACCAUCGCCGAGGGGCGCCGCCACUUCCUCCUGGGAUGCGGGCGACCUGCAGGAGGGGGAGGUCCGGAUGUGCUCCUGUUGGGCUUGGCAUUGAGUCUGGCUACCCUCCUCACCUGCGUGCUUCCGAUUCCCCACCACUACCACCACCACAACAACAGCAACAGUCACCACACAGCUUCCUCUUCCUGCUCUUUGUAAACUGAACAUAUCUUGUAGUGUCGCUUGUAUAAAAGUAUAUUAAGUCAAGAGAGAGAGAGAGAGAGAGAGAGAGAGAGACCUUCCAUUAAUUCUAACAAAGGACUGCAUGAAUGUGCCAAAGAAUUAUGGUACAUUGUUUGUUUGUUUGUGUGUAUGCUUGUGUAUAUAGCCUAAGAUUUGAACCAUUUCGAAUGACUUCCAACACACACACACACACACACACACACACACACACACACACACGUACCUGGUUCUUCUGGAUCUUCUAAGUUCAGCAUCCAGUGAUCCUCUAUACCUGGACGGCGCUUGGCAUCAGAGCUCAGCAACACAACAAGUCAGCAAGUCAUGAAGCCGACGCGAGCUGGGAGAGGAUCGUGCAGCGAGCGAGAAACUGCUAAAGUAUGUAACUCCAGCGUCAGUGAGCGAGUGGCGGAAAAAAAAAAAGGAAAAAAAUAUUCACACACUAUGAUUAAGAAAUAUUCACAAACGCUUCCCCGUGUAAUCUCUGUUAUUUUCAAUGAUUCUAGUGCAAAUUACUGAGGUUAAAGUUGAGUGUAUGCUUAUUGUUAUUAUUGUUCCUUUUUUUUUUUUAAGUGAUAGAAAUUACUGGCUGUGUGGUGAAAGAUGAAAUUUGUAGUGUUUUUUCUUUGUUCAUGGUUCCAGUGAUAGUUUAACAAAGAUUCCACGCAAUCGAAGGAAAAAAAAAAACUCAUGAGAGAACCUGACUAAUUCUCUCCGUGGCCUUUGAAAACUGUCCUUAUGUGAGCCUGAAGUGUUUGGAAAUAAGUGGAAAGGUAAAGAUAUUUAGGUUACAUUGGCUCUCACACUCUCACGCUCUCAUUCACGUGAUGGACUUAAUGUGUGGGAAUCCUGUGCUUCUUUAAUUAAGUUAUGAUAUUUGCAAUGUGUGAAUGGUAGAGAAAAAAAAUAGAUUAACGUAUUGAGGCAUGGAGUGAGUGACUUAUAGAAAAGAGGAAAGGAAAGAUGAGAGUUAAAAGUUAUGUCGAAAAAGAUAAUAAAGGAAAUUUGUGUUAAAGCGAAUAAGAGCUUUAGAGUGUUUGGUAAAGGCAAGCAAGUAAGUGAAUUUGUUGACUCUGGAACGCGAAAGAAAAUGAAGCGGCUGAAAGAAAAUGGAGUUUGUAAAAGGGAGACGAAACUAAAGACACGCAGCUGUGUCAUUUGUACGUGAACUUGAGUAACUUUUUCUUAUUUAUCUAAUUUUUGGGGUGAAUCAAUAGUGUUUUGCUUUGCUCACUCACACACACACACACACACACACACACACACACACACACACACACACACACACACAUACGUACAUACACAGCUGGCAAAACACAAUCAGAUCCGUUAGUUACGUGCAGCGCAUCCCAUCCGUGUGAUAUUAUAGAAAAAAAAAAAAAAGUAAAGUUGUCAACUCGU